AUGCGUCUACAACUCAAUAUUCUCCGACACGGCCUCCCCGCGACGCGCAUACUAUGGACCGUCCGCUCUCAAAGCAGUUCGCAUCUGAUUGAUACCACAUCUUCCGCCGUUACUUCAACACGACAACCAAACACGGCAUAUGGUAAUGGAGGAUGCACCGUCGCCCAGUUACUAGAGGAUGUCAAUGAAGUCGUACCUCUCGAAACUUCCGUGGGCUCAGUAGGGGAGAACGAAGACCUUGGCGGUCAGUGGGGUUUGGAAGAUUAUGUUGUUGAAGUUAAUGGGUUUGAGUGUUUACAUUUCAUGAAUGUAAAUGGUUUAUUGAGGGAUGGUGAUGAGGUUGUGAUUCGCUCCCUAAGCGUGGAUGAUAUUCGCGCACGAAGACUUUCAGGCCGUCUUCAAGUCUCAACAGAUGGUAGACGGUUGAUUGACGGGGUACCGUUUGGGAGGCCUUACCUUCAGAGGUCUUACUCUUCCAGACCUCCAAUUAGAAUCCCGCCACGGAAAAGACGGAGGACAACACUGUCAAGCUGGACUGGUAAUCUUCAGGAUGAAGAUGGUAAUGAUGAACUUCAAACAUUCACAGCGGGGCCAUAUGAGAAUCGCUUGACGCCGUAUGAUGCUGCCUCCGAUCAGGGAACGGUUAUCAGACAUCGUACAAAUCUUUUUGACGAUGGCGAUGGCGACGACGACGACGAUGAUGAUAUGGAUUAUGAGGAGGCCGAUGAGCUAGACGCGGAAAUAAAGUCGUUAUGGGCCGAAGCAAAUGCCGAAGCCGAAGCGCUCCUUGAGAGCCCCGAUUUCCAACGAUUUCGUGCAACCCGUGCAGGUCGUAUGUCGCGGAUGGCGCAUCGAGAUUUACUACCUACCAGCAGCCCGGCACGUCUGUCGGUUGUAUCUACACCACGUACAAAUCUCGCUCGAGGACAGGAUGGCGAAGCUUCUGCAAAGUCGACCAAGAGUGUCCAUUUCGAGGCCGAUAUAUCGAAUCUCACAAGCCGGUUGUCGGAGGGAAAUGACUCAGGAUCAGACAAGCUGUCUCAUGCAAGCUCUGCAGUCUCCAGUAAUACCCCUGACAGUAGUAUAGAGUCAGGUGAUGAGUCAAGCGACGAAGACUUUUCUGCCGAAGAUUCUGGCGCCGACAUGAGCGAUGAGUCAUCCAUUUCCGAAGAGUCUGAGUUUGAGUCAGAAGACGAAGAAGCUCCGGAACAGCAAAAGUCAAAAGCAAUCGUAUUUACUCCACCCGGCGAAGGUUCCAGGAAAACUAGGAAUAGCAACCGUCGCAAGAAACUUCGGUCCCGGCUGCAGAAGCUGAAAAGCCUUGGAGAGUUACCACCAGAAGCCAAUUUCAACGACCUGAGAAACUGGGAGGCGACACAUGGCAAGAGACCGCUCACGGAAGUGACAGAUCUUGGGGUGGAUAAGCGUGAAACGAGGCCAAAAGAGCAAUCGGAAAUCGAAAUUAAGAGACAGCAGUUGCUUCGGUACUUGGCGUCGGGUGGAGUUGACGUUGAUGGUCAUUCUGAGAAGGAGAACAUCCCACCACGGUACAGGAAUGGAAAAGAGAAAGUCGAUAACCAAGAGUCAGUGGAAAAAGUCAAAGAGGGCCCGGCGGCUGCGAAAGCUUUACCAGUAGCAUCUCCUGAAAAGAAUGGGGUCGAUGAGGAAACCAAGACAAGUCCAAAUGAAGCCAAAAGAAGGAAGCUUGAUCUCUCGAGCACCAAACGUCUCCUCUUUGGGUCAUUGGGUGUUCGGACGCCCAAGAAUAAAGAAGAUGAAGAUACUCUACGUACUAAGCUGGAUGAAUCGCGCAUAGAGCACACUGCACCUGAGAAACCCGCGGAAGCACCUGUUGAGAAUGGAGUUGAGAAGGAUAAUAUUGAUGAGAGCUGGCAACAGAAGAUUGUCCUCAGCGCAACGGAAUGUGUCUAUGAUGACAUUGAACUCACGGCUCCUCCAUUCCCUUUUAAACAACGAUGGGAUCAUGAUGCAUGUUACCAUAUUCGGCAACGCAAGAACGGCGGUAAAAAGAACAAGAAACGCAAACAACGUGACUGGCAGGAAGAGGACGCUUACGAUAGCUAUCAGGAUGCAGACGGGGGUGUCACGUUGAACUACGAUGAUCAACCUACAAUAACAGAAAAGAAGGAUCAGGCGAACACUUCAAAAGAGGAUGCAGCAGACGACCUACCCGAACUACCAAGCGAUCCUGACGCCUUGCCUAUCCAGACUGAAGAUAAAGUAACAGUCGGCUCCAUCAUUGCUUUCAAGCAUCUAGAUAUGUCAAAGGCGACUAACUGGCAACCAAAAAUAUCUGACUACAAAGUUGCGAAGGUGCACAAAAUCCAUGAUAACGGUACUCUAGACCUUCUACUCGCGAAGCGCUAUCGAGAAGUUCGUAACCAGGUCGUGGUGGACGGAGACGGCGUACGUACAUACUCCGGAUUCGAGAUGCCCAACGAUGACAACGACGAAGUCGAGGAUGACGGGAUUCGAAGCGUGUCGUUUACGGAUCUAAUAGAACCGAAGAUGAUCCAGGCGGCUGUUGUUAAGACUUCUGAUCAGAGCCAAAAGGAGGAGAGUUUGGCGAAUGGCGAUCAGAACGAAACAAGCCUAUUAAUACAUCCUCCUUCUACUCCAUCCGUUCCUGUCAAUUUCGCUGGUAACAAAGCAGCAUGCGUAGACGGAGGCGAAAACGACGACGAAGACGUGACUGCAGCCGAAGCUGAUGAUGAAUUGCCAUCCCUUCCUCCUGUGGCUGUUUCUUCACAAACGCGACUUGAGAUUACUCACAUGGUUCACGACGUGGGUUUUCGUUCUGCGAUCGACUCCGAGCUUGGACGGGAUCCGAUAUUAGAACGGCUCGAUAAACCCAAAGAUUCUGCUAUAGAUAUGCAGAGUGACGCGAAUGUUGCAGAUUCUAAGGUCUCGGGCUCGAAUAGUGAAUUUGCGUCGAGUCCCCCCGAUAUUGGACCUGAGGAGCAGGACGGCGAGGAUCCUGAGAAUGGAUCUCAACACGAUGCCCCUGAUGAAAGUCAGGCGAUGGAUGAAGGAGACAAUAUGGCAAUGGAUAUGGAUGAUGCCGGACUUCAGAUGGACGUUGAUGAUGAUUUUGUUAUGAAUGAUCAUAGCGAGUUCAAUGCGGGGAGCCAAGCUGGUGACGACUCGGACGAUGGCGUAUCCUUACCCCGAAAUGAUGCUACAGCAAAGAGGCACAACAACGAUGUGGCUGCGCAUGCUAUGGCCAGCUCUAUGGCAGAAGGAAAGUCAAACGCCCUAUCAGGAGCACCAGGUGUGCCACCCUCUGGACAUGCUUCUCCACGAGUCGUGAAAGAGGAGCCAGGACAAAGAGUCAAACCAAGCGAAAGAGGAGCCGACAAAUCAUUUUUGAGCACUACAGUACGAGCUGGCAGUCGAUCAUUCACUGAUCCUGUAGCCCUCGACAAUGGGAGCGACCUUGACGAUCCAUUGUCCGACUAUUCCGACGCAUAUUCCACUGUUCUCAAUCCAUUCUAUGAACGAGACGCAGCAGCCACAAAGAAUGGUAAAGCUAAAGCUAAGUGCAAGAACCUGCCCUCUGCUCAACAAGACCCUCCUACUCGUUCAAGUCUAUCAAAACGAGAGGAUCAUAUACCUUCUUCUACCAACAUGCUAAAAAGCAACCAAAAAGCCAAUAAAGGCUCCCAAUACACACCUAAGCCAAUUGAAAAGAAGGGUAGCAAUACCAAAUCCGAUCUUGGUUUGAGCUGGCUCGACGAUAAUCUGAGCGACGCAUCUGAUCCCGAUUUUCCGGAUAUUGAAGUUCUGUGGGCAUCUACUGCGCCAACGCAGAAGGAGUUUCCGCCGAUUAAGAUGGAGGCGGAGGCUGCGAGCCAGCAGCCGAAGUCUACGGCUCACCCUGAGGAGUCAGCUGCAUCUUUGCCUCCAGUCAGUCAGUCGAGUAGUAAUAAUUCGUCUGCUAAAGGACAUGUGUCCACUGCUACAAAGAAUGACACAUCUGCUGUAAAGGAGAAACAGCCUGAGCAAGAUCAGCAGCGAGCAGAUACUGGAUCGAGCCCAAAGAGAGAUAAUCAGAAGAAUGAUAACGACAAGGGCAAAAACAGCAAUAAUGAAAAACCAAAAUCUCCUUCCCCUUUCGUUUCCACUCUUGACUUCGACUCUCAUCAAGACAUCAACGACAAUGCAGACAUCGAACUCGACAAUGAUAAUGACGACGAAGACGAUGCAUACCAACACUCAGCCGACAACAGCAGCCACCCAGAUUUUCACCAGCAGGAAGAAGAAUCCCAAGACCACACAAUCCCCAUGGUCGACCUGACCGUUUCUAGUCCGCUCGAAUCACCAGAUGAAGGCAGUGAUGAGGAUUUCGCGAAAUCACAGGGCCUUCCCCGUGGACCAGGCUGGGUGAAGAAGAAUGUCCCUCGUACUGGGCGACAGACGAGGUCGUCGACGGGGGUUGGCAAUAUAUUGAGUUCGAGUUUGAGUCCGCCGCCGCGACGGAGGAGGUUUACUCAGUCACAAUUUUGAUUGCGAAUUAGCCUGCUCUUGUUUCGAAGUCUGUUCUUUAUGAUUUGAUACCAGUUUAUUAAAUUUCUAA